UUUAGCUGCUCACAACGCACUCAAGGUACAUGUCUCCCAUCGCCCAUUACCUUAUCGACCUUUGGUGCUUAGUAGGUAUGUUACGUGCAAAUACCGUAGCAGACACGCCGCGUAUCCGUACCUCUUCGUACCAAUGGAACUGGACGCAUCUGCCUUUUCUGCAUUGCUGAUGAGGUGGGCAUCCACAAGGUACUUUUCACCUUAAACAUAUCGAUGACAUCCUUGUCAAUCCCAUCCCAACUUCUCAAGUUCCCAACCACAGAGAGGGAAGAAAAAGUCAACGUUCAGACACCCGGCCCCGUCGCAGGGUUCUCCGUGGCUGCCAGCUUUAAACUUGACGCCGAACUUACACCCCCCUCCCCCCUCUACACUUCCCAUUACCCUGUACUUACUACUCCGUACUCUCUCUCCCGUUUCCCAUCUCUUCCGGUGUCAUUCAGUCAUUGUUCUGCUUCUGCUACCCCUUCAAGUUACAUUCUUAUCCAACCAACUCCUGGACACCUCACAAGUUUCUUCUUUCUCCUUACCAAGGUACCUACUCCUCAUCCUACAGGCAUAUGCAGCGGUGCUCGUCGCGGAAUCCUCGUCCACUCCUCCCCUACUCCUCUCUUCCAAAGACCCUUGAUGCUUGUUCCUCCUAGCAUCGCAACACUACGGCACUGAAAAUACUGAACAUCGUGGCAAAGGCAAACCCCCCUCGAACAUCAUCGGUCCAAUCAACCUGUCGCCAUCCCUCCUUCGUCCCACGUUCUCGAGUCCCACCAGCCCUCCGUGGUCAGCUUUUGCUGCCCUGAUCCCCCCCUGGCCCUACCUCCUUGGUGAUUUCCUCCAGCCA